AAGGGGAGAAAGAGACAGAACAGAGAAAGACGAGGAGGGAGAGAAGGAAGGAAGGAUAGAAGGCAGGAGUCCACAUAAACAGAAACAGGAGAACAAACAGAAACAAGAGAAGCAGCAGAAACUCGAGAGAUGCGGAUUUGAGCUCAUCAGCAGUGUGAAAAGUGGACAUCACCUCCUCCUGUGCCAACUGAGACAUGGACGCCUAUAAGCUGAUGAAGGAGCUGCGGGUGAAUUACGAGCAGGAGGUUUUUUAUCUGCCCAAAGAAACGGGACUGGUCCUCAUCGAGUCCUCCACACGGGAUGACAGUCGGAUCUCGGCCAAGUGCAGAGACGUCCAAGUGGAGGACCUGUGGAGUCUCACCAGCUUCUUCGGUUACAGCACGCAGACCUUCGUCCUGGCUGUGAACCUGCUGGACAGAUUCCUGGCCAUGAUGAGGAUCCAGCCUAAGCACCUGUCCUGCGUGAGCCUCAGCUGCCUCCACAUGGCGGCCAAGGUGACGGAGGAGGAGUGCGACGUGACGUCCAGCGACGAGCUCAUCCGCAUCGGCCAGGCCAGGUUCACGGCCUCCGACCUCUGCCGCAUGGAGAAGAUCGUCUCCGAGAAGCUCGACUUCAAGUCCAAGCCCAUCACUGCCUUAACCUUCCUGCAGCUGUACCAUCAGAUCGCACUGUCACACUCCAUGGACAGGAAGGAGACCCUGAGCCUGGAGAAGCUGGAGGCUCAGCUCAAAGCCUGUCUGUGCCGAAUCUCCUUCUCCAAAGCAAAGGUAGGAAUUCAGAGGUCCGACUGGAUUACAGCAGCUCAGUCGUCUAAUGAGUUUCUCCAAAACAUUGCUGCUUGUUUGAAAUUAACGAUUUUUCUUUCUAUCCUUUUUUCCACACAGCCGUCCGUCUUAGCCCUGUCGCUGCUGAGGCAGCAGAUCGUAGCUGUUCAGUCGGAGGACAUGUUGGAGAUCGCCUCUCAUAUCCAGAGACACUUGAAGAUUGCGGACGGCGAGCUGCGGCUGUGGAGCGAGCGCGUGGCUCAGUGUCUGUCGGACUACGCCUCGCCCGAGUGCAGCAAGCCCAACCACAGGAAGCUGCAGUGGAUCGUGUCGCGGCGGACCGCCCAGAACCUGCACUGCUCCCGCAGCGUCCCCGAGCUGCCCACCAUCCCCGAGGGGGGCUGGGGCGAGAGCGAGAGCGAGGACUCGUGUGAGGACGUGAUGAGUUCAGGUGAGGAGUCGCUCAGCAGCUCCCUGGGCAGCGACGCCGAGGGGCCGUACUUCCCUCUGCACUACCGCCAACAGAAAGACCGUGGACACCUCCUCGCCUGAGCCGCCCCCCCCCGCCUCCUCAGACCUCCUUUAAUUUAUUGCUAAAUAAGCUGUGUUGCUGAGGAGACUCGUGUAGCCGAGUGCUCUGGAUUCCUCUGGUAGACUUGGUAGACUUUAGUUAGUGAAAGUGUUGGUGCAUGUUGAGACGUCACAUUCCAGGAUGAGAGAGUUGAGGAUGAACGAGUGAAGCAGAUAAACGCCGGCGGCUCGGUUCAAGGUGCUGAGCUCACGAGGCCCGGACCCGAGCACACACAGGUCUCCUUGUUGGGGGAAAUGAUUUUGCCAAAACAUGUGUUGUUUAUUUCCUAGAAUGUUUCUGACUGUUAUUAAUCGAAGACUGUUUUGAUUAAGGGUAAAGAGAAGUUUGUUCAGAGCAGUCGCGAGGUUUCGUUUCACCCUCGUCAACAUCACGAUAUCAUUUGUGCGGCUUGUUGGAACGAAACUGGAGCGUUUGAUUUCUCUGAUCGUCUGUCACAAGUUUGAUUGGCACAGUUUUUCUUUUUAAAUCUCAUUUCAAGCGUUAAAUGGUAAAACUGGAGUUUGUGUUUGAAGAGAAACUGAAGAGUGAGCGAUGCUAUGCUUCAGAAUCGGAGCCUUGUGGUCACCACAGGGUGUUCAGACUGUGUGUGUGUGUUUGUUGACGUGUGUGUGUGUGAUAUAUUUAAAGUUAGAAUGUAGCUAAAAUAAAUGGUCUUUGAUUCUUUUCUGAAAGAAUGUUGAAUGAAAAGAUGGCGACCACGUGUCCAAAAAUUCAAAAAAAUGUAAAAAAAAUGUUAAUACAAAAACAUGUAAAACUGUAAAUGAUGUACAAAAAAAAAUGUUAAUAGUUGUGUAGAUAUUGAGUUAUUUAUUCUUUUUUGUCACCUGUACUGAAAAACGAAAAUCUUAUAAAAAUCUUAUUUUUUA